GUGACCCGGCUGGCGUCCCAAGAUGGCGGCAGCGGUGGCGCUCGGGAACCCGCGGCACCGUCCCGGCUGCUGAGGCGGGUCCCGCACGGCUGGUGACGGACGGGCCAGGCCGAGGACCGGCGAACGGGCGGCCGCCGCCUAUACGCGCCCCGCGGCCGGGGCUAGGCCGUGCCGCGGCGGCGCUGGGGGAUGCUCGUGCUGGGCCGGGCCUCUCCCUUCUCAACUUAGGGCGGCGGCAGGCCCGCUCCCCUGGCUCCCAGGCCAUGGCGCUGAGGGAGCUCAAAGUGUGUCUGCUGGGGGAUACAGGUGUAGGUAAAUCAAGUAUUGUGUGGCGGUUCGUGGAGGACAGUUUUGAUCCGAAUAUCAACCCAACAAUAGGGGCAUCUUUUAUGACCAAGACCGUCCAGUACCAGAAUGAGCUGCAUAAAUUCCUAAUCUGGGAUACAGCUGGACAAGAACGAUUUCGUGCCUUAGCGCCAAUGUACUAUCGCGGCUCGGCUGCAGCUAUAAUUGUUUAUGAUAUCACAAAAGAAGAGACAUUUUCAACAUUAAAGAAUUGGGUAAAAGAGCUUCGACAGCACGGCCCACCCAAUAUUGUAGUUGCCAUUGCAGGAAAUAAGUGUGAUCUUAUCGACGUAAGAGAGGUCAUGGAGAGAGAUGCUAAGGACUACGCCGACUCCAUCCAUGCAAUUUUUGUAGAGACCAGCGCAAAAAACGCGAUAAACAUAAACGAACUCUUUAUAGAAAUUAGUCGAAGAAUUCCAUCCACUGACUCCAACCCGCCUUCCGGUGGAAAGGGCUUCAAACUCCGAAGACAGCCUUCGGAGCCGAAACGGAGCUGCUGCUGACUGAGCCUUAGCCUCCAGGCUCAAUGGUGAAGUAGGUGGUCCUGAAAGUUAGCGGGAGGGCUGGAGCCCUGUCGCCAGGGGUCGCCUCGCCGGUCUUGUAUCUUCUUCGGGCAACAAGGAUUCACAGGAAUUGACCGGUUCUGUUUCCUCUCUGGAGACUGCAGCAAUAAUAUUUCAGUCUGUGGACUUCUCUUCUGUAAAGAAUCUCUGGUGUACAAAGGGACUACAUCAUAGACUUUUGACCUUGCUGAGAAGGAGUGUAUAAUUGUAUAGAUGGUAGGAUUAAAUUGUUGAGUAGUUUUGUAAUCAAGAGUUUAUGUAACAUUUGUAAAGGGAAAAUUAGCACUUUUGUGGUUCUUAAGGGAAGAAAAAGACCUUGUGGAGAUGAUCAUUUCCUUGGUUUCCCAUUGGUACCCAUGAUACCAUUUCCUUGGUGGCAUUUAGAAUGUGGUCGGUUGUCAUGAAUGGAGGGAUGGCAGUUCUUAUUAUUUGAAGCUAAAAUGGGUUAUUUAUAAGGGCUGACGGAGAUGGUUUCACCCCUGCCGUCUCUAAAGCACUUUGCAUUGGGUACAUCAGCCCAGGACAUGCACAGUAAACUCACAGCAGCAGGUGCAUGCCUCACCCUGGGUUUGCAUGUGUCACCAGGCACAUUAUUGGCACCUUUGUAAGGAAGCUGUCGCGAUCAAGGUGGUGGUGGUAGAGAAGCUGCCUGGAAUAAAUUGAAUUGCAGAUGAUUAAACUGACUAGCAGUGGUUUACAAAGAGAAGAAGAGAGAAAGUAAAGAAAGUGGUGUAAAUGCUGUCAAUUUUUUAUUUAACCGAGAUAUUUUGGUGGGGGAGACAAUGAUCUGUUGCUUAGCAUAUGUAAAGUUGUAGUCUAUAUUUACGAGACCAUUGCUUACAGAUUAUAAAUUAUGUAAAUACA